GCGCUCCAGCCGAAAGCAGCCGAGUCCUCGUGGUGGAGCGUUCGCCCACCAGGGCACGGUUGGCCUCUUUCCAGAAUCAGUUUUGUUUGUUAGACCUAGUAUAGCUGUGUCAGUGUGUUAUGAUGCCUUCCAGUACCAACCUGGCUACUGGAAUCCCCAGUAAUAAAGUGAAAUACUCAAGGCUCUCCAGCACAGAUGAUGGCUACAUUGACCUUCAGUUUAAGAAAAGCCCUCCUAAGAUUCCUUACAAGGCUAUUGUACUUGCCACAGUACUGUUUUUGAUUGGCGCCUUUCUCAUUACCAUAGGCUCCCUCCUACUGUUGCGCUACAUCAGCAAAUAGGGGGCACACUGAGCCAUUCGGGUCCUGAUCAUUGGUAUUCUGGUGUUCCUCCCUGGAUUUUACCACCUGCACAUUGCCUACUAUGCAUCCAAAGGCUACCGGGGUUACUCCUAUGAUGACAUUCCAGACUUUGAUGACUAACACCCACCCACCUCAGCCCUAAGGUGAG